AUGGCGGACGCGGGCGCGUUCUCCGUCAGGUUCCGGAAGCUGAAGACAAACCCGCUUCUGCAGAGAAAACAGUUCGGCGUGGACAUCCUCCACCCGAGCCGUGGGUCUGUCUCCAAGAAGGAACUCGUGGAGAAAAUCGCCAAACAAUUCCGCGUCGCGGACCCGCAGAGCGUCGUCGUUUUCGGUCUCAAGACUGCCUUCGGGGGCGGCAGAUCCUCUGGAUUUGCGAUGAUCUACGACAGCCCGAACGCUGCUAAGAAGUUUGAGCAUCGCUUCCGCCUUGUCAGGCUCGGAUACACCGAGGCCAAGGCCCUCAAGGGUCGUCGUGCGUACAAGGAACUUAAAAACAGAAAAAAGAAGGUCCGCGGCAAGGAGAAGGCCAAGUGCUCUGGCGCAGCCAAGAAAUAA